CGUUAGAUGAUUUCCACAUAAUAGCGAUUGGCACGCGCUCUGUUGAUAUUGCUUAUAGAUCUACGGAUGAACUAAGCGUAAACUUACCCUACCUUACCUUGACUUGAGGGGCUGGUGAUCUUUCAGCGCUUACACAAUCGACCAACAUUAGAAAGCAAUUUGUAAACAAAUACAGAUCAUUGCGCGCACAUUCUAGUGUUCAUAACACACACAGUGAAUCGCUGCUGAUGUUAAAGAUCGCGCGUGACCCAUGCAACAGCGACUGCGUGUUAAAGUUUGGCUCUGUGAAUCGGUUUGCUUUCCUGGAUGCUGGUUUUAUUUACAUGGAUUAAGGCACACUCGCUGAAACUGGCAUCUUACACGAGGAUUUGAAUGAGCUGAGGAUGGCGGAUAUUAGGACGUAUAAUGUGGUUAUUUUGGGAAUAGGAUUUUUGCUCAUUUUUACCGCCUUCACCACCUGCGGUAAUAUCGAACAAACAGUGGUGAAAAGCUUGAAUAGCACUAACUUCACUGGGAGUGGGUAUCACAGCCUUGGAAUAAUAUAUGGAGUUUUUUCAUUCUGCAAUGUGUUAGCUCCCACUAUCAUUACAAUAAUCGGACCCCAGUUUGCAAUGUUCAUGAGUGGAGUUCUUUAUAGUGGUUAUAUAGCUGUUUUCAUCAUUCCAUCCACAUGGUCCUUUUAUUUCACUUCCGUGAUAAUUGGCAUUGGAGCAGCCAUGCUUUGGACAGCUCAAGGGCACUUUCUAGUGGAGAACUCUGAUGCUUCCACCAUCAACAGGAACACGGGACUGUUUUGGGCUUUACUGCAGUGCAGUAUGUUGUUUGGAAAUCUAUACGUUUAUUUUGAUUGGAAAGGAAAAUCUGACAUUUCAGAUAGAGACAGAAAGGUCAUGUUUAUUGCUCUGCUGGUUAUCUCAGCACUCGGCACACUGAGUUUUCUUGCAUUGAGGAAGGUCUGUCAGCAGGAAGAGGUUCUCUCUGAAGAGGAAGCCCAGUCUCUUUUAUCAACUAGAUUGAAAUAUAAACAGAGAGCAACAUCUGCUGUGAUGGAAGCUAAAACCGAGUUUAAAACAAUGUUGGAAAUAUUCAAAACAAAAACCAUAUUGUUAUUAAGUUUCUGCAUGGCAUACAGUGGUUUGGAGCUGUCAUUUUACAGUGGUGUUUAUGGAACCUGCAUUGGAGCUACAACACACUUUGGAGAUGCAGCAAAAGGCUUAAUCGGCAUUUCAGGCAUUGUGGUGGGAAUCGGAGAAAUAGUUGGGGGAGGAUUGUUUGGCCUUGUACUGAAGAAUAACCGUUUCAGGCGCACUUCAGUUGUCUUUUUAGGGAUGGUUGUGCACUUUGUGGCCUUCUACUUGAUAUUCCUCAACAUACCAGAUGAUGCACCUGUGGUUUUCCAAACAAGCUCACAGCAUAAGCCAUAUCUGGUACCAAGCGUGUCCAUUGCCCUGCUGUGCAGCUUCCUGCUGGGUCUUGGGGACAGCUGUUUCAACACUCAACUCUACAGCAUUCUGGGCCGGAUGUUUGCUGAGCAGAGCGCUCCAGCCUUUGCUAUAUUCAAAUUCAUACAGUCUAUUUUCGCAGCUGUGGCGUUCUUCUACAGUGGUUAUAUUCUGCUGACCUGGCAGCUCCUCGUGAUGGUCGUCAUGGGAUUUACGGGAACGCUGUGUUUUUUCAUGGUGGAGAGGAUGCAGAAUAUGUCAGCUGACACACAGGAGUAUUAGAUUAGAGUCUUUCUCAGGACACAUUUCAGUAAAUCUGAUGUAAAAUAAUGUUUGUAUAAAACACUACACGUGACUUGUGAGAAAGUGCCUUUGUUUUUGUUGGACUUUGGGACUUUAAUAUAAAGGUGGGAUUACAAUGAUUAUUUUUUUUAUUUACAUUCUAUGAUAGAAAAUUAUUAGUUGGAGCUGCAUUACAACGUUCUAUCUUUAAUGUGAUUGUUUUACGUUAAAUUUGAUAUUUCAAAUGAAAUUACAUUAUUAAAGGUGCACUUGGUUUGGAUAUGCUCAUGUUGUGUUGACUGACGUGACAGUCAUCUUAUACUGACACCUAAUGAUUUAGUUACAGCAUCAUGCAAAAGCAAAUUUGGUAUUUCGCUUGAUUUAUUUAUUCCAUGAGUGAAAGUGUCAGAUUAGAGCUGGGUUAGCAAAAUAAAACUAAUAUUUAGCUGGUCAUGUGAUUUCAUGUCUGCUCCCAUGAUUGGACCUGCUCCAUGUAAAAUAUUACAGCUUUUAUUAUGCUUCUGA